AUAGAUGGAAAUCCCAUGAAAUGGUUUCUUGGGAAAGUCUUGAGCAGAAGGCUCUAUAAAUCAUAUAAAUUUGCCCACGUGUCUGGCCCAUGAGGGGUUUUUUGUGUCUUUUUCCCCCUUUUCCCAACUCUAGAUUUCAGUAUCAAUGAUUUUGAUUUCCAGGUUCUUGUGGAGAAAAAAUGCCACAUUUGCAAUUUCAAGACAUUAUAAACGCUUUGAUGUCUUCACAGAAGCUGAGGCAAAUAAAGCUGCCGGAAAGUAUGAUAAUACUUCUAUUGACUUUCAAGUUGAGUUUUAUAAAAAGGAAGGAUUGACCCCAUAUUCUGAGGCUAAGCUUCCUAUUACAAGUGAUGUACCGGAAGGGUGUGUCAUUAUAAGGGAGCAUGUCCCAAUUAGCAACCUAUUUACUUGUCUUUGGUACAAUGAGGUUGAUCGCUUUACGUCUAGAGACCAAAUUAGUUUUUCAACGGUGAGGGACAAGAUUAGGGCAAAGACAGACUGGAUGCCCUAUAUGUUCUUGGACUGUGAAAGGCGCAACUUUGUUGUUCAGAAACAUCAUCUGGCAGAAUUAGAGAUGUUGGCAAAGAGACAGCCCCCACCACCUCCGCCUUUGAUCGGUGAGUUGCCUAGGAAAUUUUCACUUGAAAUUUCAAACGAGACAGUUGUAAGUACUCCUGCUAGGAAGGUCCCAUCGAAGCGUGGGAGAGAUAGAAGGUCCAGUUCUAGGCGGCACCGGAAAGUUGUUACUGGUGGCAAGGACUUGGAUUCAAAUUAAAACACUCCAAAACAGGUUAUUUUCAAGAGAUAUAUAAUUCUUUAUCCUCCCCACUGAGAUUUUGGGGCUGGAAGAGGUGUGUGAGUGUUGUAAUCCUGUUCCACAGAGAGCACUACUUACAAAUUUUUUUCUUACUACUUUUUCCAAGAUUUCUAUUUUAAUUCAUUUUUUGUUGUAUAUAUAGUAUAUAUAAUUGCAAAUAAAUAGAGUUUUGGUUGCCACAAAAAGUCAUUGGGUGCGGCAAUCAUUUUGUUGUUUCAUUAUCCCAGCAGCAUAUAUUGUUGAAUAGCUACAUCAAUAUGUAUCCUUUUUCCAUUGAAAUUCAAUAAAGUUGAAAUUUUACCA